AUGCAUGGUGUGCAUGGUGUGAAAUGGCGUGCCUUUCUAGCUGAAGCUAAGAUCCAAACCUCAGGCCACUUCGUUACGAGGCGGAGCCUGUCCGCCGUUACGGAAGACGAGGGGCCUGGCGCCUCGAGGAGGCUGCGGAGAGUGAGCAAGGACGUUUCGGCCAAGGACCAAUACCUCCGCCGCUGCUUCGUGGUGAACUUCAGACGGCUCAUGGAGCUGCAGAAAGUCUUUGCCAUCAUUCACGAACUCAUCAAGUCCACAGCCAUCGCAGCUUUAACCUUGGUUCUUGCCGGGAAUCCUUGGCAGCUUGGCUAUUCGGUCCUCUUCGUGGCCAUCCUGUUUGUGAUUUACGGCUUCCACGCUGCUCACUACGACACCAUGGACAUCAGUGACUACCAGCAUCUUGUGGACCUGCUGGAGGAUGAUCACGGUGUUUGCAUGGGGAGGAGUGUGGACAAUCCCAACAGGCUGCUGAAGGCCCUCACUCUCGCUCGCACAGGCCGUCGGAGGAGGGCCGUGCUCAUCAUCCUGCUCUUUGGCCUGCUUUGUUCCGGAAUGUGGUCUAUGGUGGUGUACGCAUGGACCAUGGAGCUCACAGAAGGGGUCUGGGCAAUUGGAGAUGAGUUCUAUGCCACCUUGCUCCUGGUGGGCACGCUGAUGCUGCUCUUCCACGCAGCAUUUGAAUGGCUGUACUGGCGAGAGACGCAGUGUGUGAUGCCUUGGUGGGACCGGCGGCUGAAAGAGCCAUGGGAUCCAUCUCGUCAUGGCAUUCCGCGAAGGUUCCGAUGGCUUGGGCUGCCGAGCAUGUGGUUCACCUGCGGCCAAGCAUAUUCCGACCUAUCCUUGUGGAUUCAACACGCGAAGGGCCAGUGGCAGGGCAAGGUCAGCAAAGUGUUUCCGGAAGAGAUGGCCCUUUUUUCCCUGCAUGCAAGCGGUGCAUGCCAGCUUCGCAGAACGCUGCAGCACGCGAAGCUCUACAGUGUACGGAGAGGCGUCUUCCUUACACGCGAAGGCGGUGCGAAUGCGCCUCCCACCGGUGACCCAGAGGAGCUACAAAUUAAGUUCGUCUUCUUCGACGCUCAGAGCAACGAGUACAUGCAGCCAGAAGAGGAGCAUAAGGAGACUCAAAUCCACGUACUGAAUCGACCCGUGCGCUCGGCAACAAAGGGUGCCGAUCAACUUGACGUGUGGUCGACCCUCCUCGAGACCCGCCCUUCGCUCACUGAGAAGAGAUCGAGCAUAUAG